CAACACUUAAUAUAAAUGUGAAAAAAACCAAAAGAAAUUUAAAAAAAUAUUGUGUAAGCCUCUUUAAAAUACACCAGAGGUUUACAAUUUUUUCUAAACCGUAAUACUUAACUAAAAAAUAAAAUAUUUUUUAUUUUUUAUUAUUUGUUCCCUUUAAACAUUCUACAAGAAAAAAAACAAGUGUAUUAAAAAAAAGUGUUUGGGUUUUUGUGGCUUUUCCCUAAUGAGACCUUAAGUGACUAAUUAUCAUAAAAUUCUACUACGGUUUUUUGCUGCAGUUUUCCACUUUAAGUUUCUACAUAGAAAGAUUCCCUGGGAAAAAAUUUUCUAUUUAGUUUUACAGCAUAUAAAAAUAUUUACUAAAAGAUUAUCAACAAUAACUUGUGUAGUAUUCACAAUAGUUGGAUAUUGGCUUAAAAUUCAUUAGAAAACUGAUUUAAUUGCUGCAACAAAAAAAAAAAAAAUAUAAAUAAAGAACAGAAAAAUUCAACUUCCACCAACAACAUGUGGUUGCAGCAUGAAAACAAAACAUUAAAAUUUCAUAAUAAUUCAUAGUUUUUCGUUGAAAAGGAAAAAACCUAAAAACAAAUGUGGCGCCAUGUUAAGGAUGAUUUAUGAAAAAACCAACAAUAAUAAAGUAAAACAUUUUAUUAAAAUAUUAUUUAAUUAUUAUGAGACCACAGUGAAAUUGAAACGUUUAAAAAUUCAAAGGUAGUCUCAAUAAGAAAAAAAUAAAAAUAAGUUGCCGCAAAAAAAGGAAUAAAAUCUGAAUAAAAUAACGGAAACGUUUAUAAGAAAAUAAUUUUAUAAAAUUUAUGAAUGUCAUUCCUUUCAUUUUUGUGCUUAAGAAAAAUAAAAAUUUUAAAAACAAACGAUGCUGGCUAUUAAUAUUAUUAUGAAUUUAGCAAAAAUUAUGCUUAUCUUUAAUGGUCUUAAUGUGUCACUGAACAAUGUAGAUGCCACCAUUAGCCCCAGCUCUCUGGCCAUAUCUAGCAGCAGCACAACGAAAGACCAUAAAGAGAAAAUAAUGGUUGAAGAGCAGCCGAAAAAGGUGGGCCAAUCGGUGGCAGUGGAUGCCAUAGAUGUUUUAAAUAUACGACAUGAACGUUCCAAACAACGAAGACAUUCCAGCUUAAACGAAAAGGAGCAACAACUGCAUUUGCCACAGCCAAAACAGCAGCUACAUUUAACAAGAACAUUACAUGAGAACAAUCCAGGGAAUAAGGAAUUGCAUUUACAACACAAAGUUUAUGAACAAAAGGCAGUGGCUGUCACAAACAUUGAUGAUAAAAUUGAUGGUGGUGAUGAUGAUAAUGAGCAACAGCAAAUCCCAUUGAUAACUAAACCGGAAUUGAACGAGUUUUCACAAAAAUUUCAUUCAUCGAUUAGCAGUGAUGAAAAUGAAAAUUCGAAAAAACUAGUUGCAGAUGGUCUUGUUGAUGUAAAUGACAACGAUGUUGUUAACAAUGUUACUGAACAUUUGAAUAAUGUAAAUGAUGUAAUUGUUGCCAAAGAUAGCAGCAGCAGCAGUAAGAGUAGCAGUGGUACCAGCAACAUUAAAAGCUUGUUUGAGGCCACUGCGGCAACACAUCAUUUAACACCUUCUGCACCAUUUCCCACCACAACCCUAAAAACGGUAACUCACAAAAUACGAAAAUUGCAUAAAAAGAAAAUUGUUGAGAGUUUGCGACAAUUGAAUAUUGACAAAUACCAUACAAAUGGUGGUCAUUUGACCAAAAAUCAUCAUCGAAGUUUGCUAGAAGCAGAACAGCUACAACAACAAGCUCAGUGGCAGGAUACAAAUAAAAUUUCUCAUAAAACAGACAAGAAUCAACAGCAAGAACAACAGAAACAAACAACAACUGUUGCCAACAGUAGAAAUCAAGUGGUCAAGGAAGAAGAGAGGGAGGAGUACAACGAAGAAGCUGAUAUGAUUACAAAUGAUAUUGACACAAAUGAAAGUGUAAAUGAUAGUGAUUUACCAGAUAUAAUGGAUAAAGAUGAUGCUGGUGAUGUCGAUGAUAAUGAUGAUGAUGAUAAAGAAGAUGAUAAUGACAAUGAUGAUAAUUUGUCGGAUGUAUUCUAUCAAAAUGAUGAGAAUGUUUCAAAUGUCAAUGAUGAUGAGGAUGAUGAUGACGUUGAUGAAUUAUAUGUCACCACCCACCCCACACUUUUGGAUGACAAAUUCGAUAAGCAAUUUAAAAACUUCUCCUCUGAAUUCAUUAAAGACAUUGACAAUAAUGUGGAUUUGGAUGAUAACGAAACAGAAAAUGAAAAUUUAUUAACUUCCUGGCAUGAGAUAAAAGAUUUAAAAUUUAAACCAUUAAAUUUAUCCGGUAGCUCAUUAAACAAUCCUGUUAAUAACUCUACCGAAGAUGCCUUUAAUACUACAUUCACCACAGAAUUUCCCUAUGAUUUUCCCUUCUCCUCCGAAGAUCAUUCUUUUGAGCCAUUACUCUCGGCCAGCACUAGUCAAGGUGGUAUACAUUUUGAACAUCAACAAUCGCAACAACAAUUCUAUGAAAAAGAAGAAAUAAAUUUUAAUGACUCAUUCGAUUUGACACAAGAUGAUUCUUCAGCUUCUAAAGAUCAAAUAAUGGAUGAAGCUAUUAUGGAAGAUGGAGAUGCUGAUAGCGGCCAUGCUAAUGGCUUUCCCUUAAGUAGUUUAGAUGAAUCGGAUUCUGAAACUGACACCGAAACUGAGGGUAUUUCUGAUGUGGCUGCUGAGGAUGAGACCAAUCAUUUUCUUGAAGGUGUUGUGGAUGCUGCUAAUUCGGAAGAAAUUUACGAUUGGGAUGAAAUAUCGCGUAGUAAUCGUCGUGAUUUAAUGCAUGGUCGUGACGUGGUAACGAAAUUUUUGCAAAUUGUCGAAACUCAGCAUUCGCUCGGUUCGAAUUGUGAGGCCGGUACAUCGUUGAAUUUGGGCGAGGGCGUGGUUGAUCGUUAUGCACAGGAUCGUUUUCGUAUCGAAGCAGAGGUGGCUGUUAAUCGUGCCAAUAUGUUGACCAGAAUAUUUAAAAUGACUUUAGCAUCUGUUCAGGCUGAUGUUAAUCUAUUGCAUGCGUCUGUUUUAUCAAUGGUGGAAUUUGAUGAUGAUAUUUUUGCUGCUGGCCAUUGUUUUGAUUGGAAUGAACAUCCCGCUCAACCUGGUCUAUUUUGUCCAUUUGCCUACCGUUUGCCACCACCCAAUUUGGGUGCAAUAUUAGCUAAAGAUUUAGCCAUGGAAUAUCAUUAUUUGGGUAAUACAUCUGAAUGGUUUUUUCAGGCGCGUAAAAAUGCUGAAAAAGUUAUAGCACGUAAUGAACAAUAUUUAAAAGCAUUUCAUUUGUAUUCCAACAAAACCGAUGAACGCAUUGAAGACGAUACACUGGCUGUGAAAUAUGAAGAUGGCAGAUGGUCGAAACCAUACUAUGACUGUGGUGGUGGCAAUAUUUGGAUGCUGACAUACACAGUGCCAUUUUUUGGUUACGAAAACUCAACCUAUCAUUUCAAAGGCACAUCUGGCAUUGAUAUUGAUUUGAGACGUGUCGAUAUUGAUCAAUGUCCUCAGCGCAAUAUACCAGGCUCAACGAAACCGCUUAACAUUUUUGCCGGGACAGACAAAUGUAAACAACGUACCACAAUGUGUGAGGCCAUACAAGGUCUAGGUUUUCGCAGGGGUUCGUAUAAAUGUGUUUGCCGCAAAGGUUAUUAUUUUCCGGAUACUACAAGUCAACAUAAAUAUUUUAAUGGCAGCCUUUUGGAGGAAGAAUACGAAAAGUUAAUGUUGGGUAAAAAUUCAACCUACAAUAUUGUCAACGAAUACGAAUGUUUGCCCUGUGCCGAGGGCUGUGAUUACUGUGAGGAUAGUUCGCCUUGUAUAGCCGCCUUAAAUUGGCCAAUGCGUACCAGUAUCUUGGCAUUGGCUUGUGUUGUAAUUGGUUUAUUACCACCAGCUGCUUGGUUUACAUUUCGAUAUCAACAAGUCAAAGUUGUACGUGCAGCCAGCCCUGCACUGUUACGUGUUAUUGCAUUGGGUGCCUUUUUCAUUUAUUGCACGAACAUUGUUAUGUAUCCGAAUCCGAAUUUAUAUACAUGUACGGCACGAAUAUGGCUGAGAGAAAUUGGAUUUUCCUUAACAUAUGGAGCAUUAAUGCUGAAAACAUGGCGGAUAUCAGUAAUAUUUCGUGUACGUUCAGCAAAAGCUGUUAAAAUAACAGAUGCUGCAUUACUUAAACGUCUGGGUUGUAUUUGUGGCGCCAUUGGCACUUGUUUGUUGGUGCGCACAUUGGUUUCACCGCCUGAUGUGGUCGUUGGUCGUACAGCUGAUGAUUUGAAGGCAUUUUUAUGUAAAACCGACUGGUGGGAUUAUACUUUUACAUCAAUGGAAGUUGUCUUUUUGGCUUGGGGCGUUCGUUUGUGUAUAAUGGUGCGCAAAGCUCCUUCUGAAUUCAAUGAAAGUCGCUUUAUAUCGAUGGCCAUUUAUAAUGAAUUUUUGCUGACGUGCUUUUUAAAUGUUUCUAUGCUUUUUCUACAAUCUCCAGCUAAUCCGGAUUUAUUGUAUAUAAUAUUUUUCUGUCAUACUCAAUUAACAAUUACAUUAUUGUUGGCUUUAAUAUUUGGCAGCAAGGUUUAUAUUGUUUUACGUAGUGGUAAAUCACAUCAGGAGAAUAUUGGCAUGGGUGCUAAGUCUUCCGGUGCCAAGUUUAAUUUUCGUCCUCAAGUGCGCACUUUUGCUAAUCCCAGUUCAGUGACAACAUCAACCGUACCGGUAGCGGCUACAACAUCUGCUGAAAAUAAACUAUCAGACCAAGAGGCUUUAGAGGAAGUAAGACAAUUGAGUAUGCAAUUGCAACGUAUACAGGAAAUGGCUCCACCCAAGGGUGUUGCUGUGAUGACAAUAUCCAGUCUAUUAGAUGGUUUAAAAACUCCCAGUAGCAUGGUGAUGGUAGCAGCUGCAGCCUCCCAAGGAGCAGGAAGAAAUCAAUUAACUGUGCGUCCACAGAAGACGGAAGCGCUACCAUUGCUUUCGUUGAAUACAGAAAUGCAAAAAUAUCAACAACUACAAGUGCCACAAAAAACAAUGACGACGACAAACAAUAAUGUUGCCGCUGUAAAAACCACACCAGCCAUAACAUUGCCGUCCACCCAAGUAACAGUUACAACAUCAACACCAACCAAGGCCAUUACGGACAUAGGACGAUGGGAGGAAAAGGCUGUAAAUACCGAAAUAAUAGGCAAUUGUAUAUCGGAAGAAGAGCUUAAAAACCGGCAACAGCAACAAGAACAUAUCAUAUGUCGAAGUUGCUAUGAGAAAUGUAAAGAUCAACUUCAUCACACUGACACUUCCGCCAAACUCAAUAAAUGUCAAAUUUUGGGUUCGCCUCAACAAGAGGGCAGUAUUAGUUUUAAGAAUAUUAAAUUGGAUUGUAUGUGCUCGCAAUCAGAUGAUCUGGAUCAGCUAACGGAACCGGAGCAACAAACAAUAAGAAGAAUAACAAAAAGAACGGCAGCAACAAAUACACCACCCAGUACAACACGCAAAAGAGCAGUUCAAACAACAGCGCAACACACUAAGGAUACUAAAGCCAUUAGUUCUGUCAGUUUGCCCAAUGACGAGAGUCACAGCAGAGCCACAAACCAAACCAUUAGUUAUGUAAGUCAACAACAAAAACAACAACAACAAAUUUGUGAUAAUUGUAAAAAUAAAUUCAAAAGAAAAGAAUCUUUUGGUAAAGCAACAUUAGCAGCUGCCGUCACUGAUAAAAAACAAAAAUCUCAGCAGCAGCUGCAACAGCAACAUAGAAAAUUAAGUAGAUUAAGCAGUAAAUGUAAUAAACUCAUAGCCGAUAUUGAAAAUUCCAAAGGAACAGCCGGCACAAAAUCAAUGCUAACCAAUAAAACGGCAACAGGAGCAACAAAAGCAACGACUACAUAUAAAACUUCCACAAAACUACAACCACAUGACUGUGAUGAAGAAACACAAUAUUCCACCGAUGAUAUAAUUUUCUACACUACCACGGAUACAAGCGACAGUGAAGAUGACGAAGACGACGAUGAUGAAGAUGUCGAUGAUGAAGACGACAAUGAGACUGAAGACGAUGAAAAUGCCAAUGCCAUUAGGGACGAUGAUUUAUCUUCCAGUCUUUCACACAGUAAAAGUGAAUCACGGGUGCCACUAAAACUAAAGCCUCAUACAGCCUCAAUAGAACUCAAGUGCAUAUCAUUGUCAUUGGGCAAUAUAACAACUACCAGUGCGACGGCCACAACAGCAUCCACGUCCUCUACUCUACAGCCAGAAUCAAUAAAAUCCCAAAAUGCCUUAAUAGAACCAAACUCCACUACUAUACAGGUGACAACAACAGCACCUCCAGCCUCUUCGACGUCUUCAACACAACAGCAACAAACGAUGACUCAGUCACAACCACCACCACCACCAACAAAUGGUUCCAAUGGCGGCAGCAGCAAUGGCAAAGCCAAACGUCCUGACAAGCUGGUCUUAAAUUUAAAUGAUCGUUCCAAAUUUACCAAAGAAGUAUCUGUCUGAGGUAGUAAAAAUAAACAUUUUUGGUUUCAACUAUUGUAAGACAAUUAUUAAUUAUUUUAUAUUACAAUUAUGUAAAUUAAAUUAAAUUAAAUUUAAUUAGGAUUUUUUGUAUUAAGUCGAUAAUUAGAUUAGGAUUGAAGAUGUUGGAUAAUUAUAGAAAGUUUAUGUUUUAAAGAAAUUUUCAGUUAAAUAUGUAGGAUGGAGAAAUUUUCCCAGUUCUAGUUAUAAAGCUUCAUUACAAUUUAUAUAAAAUACACAUUGGAUACAUUUAAGAUUAACAAGUUUUUAAUUGGGCAAUCCACAAUUGAAUAUGCUCUUGAAGAAAAGCGAGUUUUGCAUCUGAAGGUAUCGGGAAUGCUUUUGAUAUUUUCAGAGGAACCAUUAUUAUCUCGUUACUACAGAAUAUCGAUAUUAUAAUGGACAGAUUGCCACGCGUGUUUCACCCAAUCAAAACUAUCUGCAAUAAGUAUCUACCUUCAAUCCUAUAGUCGGUCGAGUUACCAACAUGGUUUUAAAUUACACCAAAGUAUUUAUAAUUUUCCAGUAACAUCAAUUGUCAAAGUAUGUACGGAUAGUUGUCAAAUCAACAACAAAAAUAUAAAAUAUCAAAUCAACAAAAAAUAAUAAUGUGUUAUCAAAGUGACAACACUAUGUUGUCAAGCAGAAUAUUUUGUUGUCGACAUUUAAACGAUACCUUGUUGAAAUCACAUCGAUUCAUUACCGAAAUAAUAUUAAGGGUAAAUAAAAUAAAAUACGUUGUUGCAAUGACAACGACAAGUUGUCAAAAUUAUAACGGUGGUUAUCAAAAUGAUAACUGCAAAGUCAACUAGUUAAUAUAAAAGUAGACCAUGUCAAAAAUGAUCAAACGAAAUGUCUAAAAACAUCACUUUCCUUUCGUUAGAAAGAUACAAGAAAAUACACCAUCUUUCAAAAGGAUUGCUAGUAGCUCAACUAUACGAAAGCCCUACUGUCGGUCGUUAUGUGCUGGUCGCUAAAUACUAAGAUUCAGUUUCAACUUCUCAUUGUAAUUUUGUAUUUCUGUUUAAACCAAAACUAUAUUUCUGUAUUUAAUCGAUAAUUUUUUAAUAAAGGAAUGCAUUUUCACUCCGCGCUUGAUGAUGUGCUUGGCCAUUUUCACCACGUCAUUUACAUUAUUGUCUAAAAAACAGAGUUUUCAAUUAAAAGAUAUCGCUGAGUUUAGCCCAGCGUUUCUUUUUAUAUAAACAAGUUGAUCAUUUCGAAACAGAUGAAACGUUAAGUGUUACCGUAUUGUAAAAAGAUGCAUGAACAUGGACUUUAUAUUUUUAAGGGUAUAAGGUGAGGAGAAGAAUGUAACUACGACUGAUCAAAAAAAAAUAAUAAUAAUAAUAAUUCCCUAGCAAACAUAAAAAAAUAACUGUAAACCAGUUUCAAAUCAGGAAAACUCGUGUAAGCAUAUUUAUAACCAGUUAUUUUUUGGCCAUCGUCAAACAAAAAUAAGUAGUUAUUCACCCAAAAAGUAAUUACGUACACUUUUUUCCAAUAUUAUUUGCCUACUUACCGGGUAAGUAAAGAUUUUGCUGGGGAAGACAUGGUUUACGAUUAUUUUUGUUUAUUAACGUCCUGAAUUACAUACGGCCAUGUUGUGGAUCAUUUGCUUUCAAAAUUGUAGCAAGGAAGUAGUUCUAAUAUUGGUCUUAUAUUGUUUACGUGGUCCUCUUACAAGACAUCACAAUGUUAAAGUGGAAUAUGUUUUUUUUUUCAUUCAUUUUCAUUUAAGUUUUGGCCAUUUCUAGUCCUUUGAGGAGUAAUAUUUACAGGCAUGUGUGAAAUGGUUUAAUUUUUUGCAUGGUUUAAACAAAUUUCUCCCUCAUACAUUCUAUGACAUUCAAAAGCUACGGUCCUCUAAAAGAUUGACAAUUUCAAUGUCAUCAAAGAAGAUUGAUUCUGACUUUAAUUAAGGAUUCUCAGAAAAAAAUUUAAAAUUCUUCUAGUAUACAACUCGAAUUAUAUUCGGAUAGUUUUGGACUAAACCUUUUACCUCACAAUCAUUAUAUAUCAACAAAUUUAUGAAGUAAGAACGUCUAUUUGGACUAGAUUCUAUGUUGGUCGAUAUCCUCUUAAGUAAGUGACUGCCUCUCAUUCUUCAUUAAUGUUCGAAAGUACCGCUAUAAGUUCAGAAUUUUCUUUAUGUAAGGUAGAUUCCUUAGAUAUGUGUAUUUCUUUCAAUUUAUUAUUGAAAUAUCAAUUUUCUCAAGGUAACAGAGAAUAUUUAUAUAUUCAAAAUUUUGCAUUCUUUAAGUUAGAUCUUUACGUUAGAUCGUAAUGAAGAUUGUAAUUACUUGUAAUGUGUAAUUCAAGUUUUGGAAAUUACAAUUACUUGUAAUUAAUCUUUGCCAAUUACAAUUACUUGUUACUUAGGUGUCACUUAUUACAAAUUACAUGUUAGUAUAAGGAACAAUUCCACAAUUACAAGUAAUUGUAAUUGACAAUACUUGAAUUACAAUUAGAAGUGCAUGUCAUUGGUUAUUGUACAAUAACAUUAACAAUUGUUAAUUGGUUGUUGCACAAUUAUAAUAAUAAGUAAUUGUAAUUGAUUAUUGCACUAUUAGACGUAAUUACAUAUUGUAAAAGCCAAAAAUUUGCAUUACAAUUACAUUUAAAAUAGUGUAAUGAUUACUUUAAUUAAUUUUAAAAAAUUUAGACUUAUUCAGCAAAAAUUUGAAAUCUUUGUUAAUUACAGUAGUUAUUUCAUACAUUACUUGGUAAUGAGUGUUCAUUAUCAUCCACAUUAUUUUAUUUAGCUGAUAGGAUUAUUACUGGCAUUGUCCUAAUUGUCCAGGGCGUUCAUUUAACAAUUAGGGGAUUUGUGAUUCGAGACCUGCUAAAUAAAGUAGAUUUUUUUCAAAAUGACAUUCAGUAAUUACUAAUUAGUAACUAGUUUCCACUUGGUUCCAAUAUUACUUCCCAGCAAAAACUGGGUAAUGGCUUUCAAUUGUAUUACUUAUCUAACAACAUACCUUUCAAUGACAACUAGAUAUCGCCUGGAUUACAUAGGAGUAGUCUAAUAAGGUCUUACUAAUAAUGUAUUAUAUAAAUACUUUUUAAUUCAUUAGUCGUCUUACCAGUAAAAAUAUAGAAGCUGUAUAGGUUUUUUCGUGCGAUUUACAAUGAUUACUUUUUCUAAUUAUUUGUAAUCGUUUGUGCUUGCCUUCAAUGUCAUAACCCUGUUAAAAUAAUGACUUAAAAUGCUAUUGUGUAAGUAAAUUUUAGCAUUUUAUCCCAUUACAUGGUAAUGAAUGUUUUUACUGGGUUUCUAGCUUAUUAGGUAAUGAAAGUUUUUGCUGGGUAUAUCAUACUCAUUUCAUUAUGUCAACUUUAAAAAUAUUUGGUAAAGUCUUAUGUUUUGAAAAGACAAUUUAUAAUUAUUAUGAAGCUUUUAAUAGAACUGAGGAAAAGUUUUGAAAAGAAAAUAAUAUUUUCAAAUAAUUUUAAUAUUUAAGUAAAAAUUUAU